AUGGAUGUCUAUGUCGACGACAUGGUUAUACGGAGUCAUUCUAUGGAGCAACAUUUAAAGGAUUUGGCGGAAGUGUUCCUUCAGAUCAGGAGAUACAACAUGCGGCUUAACCCUUCCAAAUGUACCUUCGGAGUACCGGCUGGUAAGUUCUUAGGAUUCAUGCUAACGUGCAGAGGCAUCGAAGCCAAUCCCGACAAAUGUAAAGCCGUACUCGACAUGAAAAGCCCCCAAACCCUGAAGGAGGUACAACGUUUUGUCGGUAGGCUCACAACCUUAUCCCGCUUCAUUCCAAAACUAGCCGAACACAUCAGGCCCAUCCUGAAGAACAUGAAGAAGGGCACCACCCAGCAUUGGGACGAUGAUUGUGAAACAGCCUUCAACGCUGUCAAACACAUUCUUACCAGCCCUCCGAUCAUGGCGAGACCGAUCGCUGGAUCCGACUUGCAGUUAUACAUCGCAGCAUCCCAUCACGCUGUCAGUGCUGCUUUGGUGCAGGAGACCCCCUCCCUUAAGCUCAUAUAUUUUGUUAGCCGUACAUUGCAGGGCACGGAAGAACGAUACUCUCAAAUUGAGAAGGUGGCACUGGCCCUGCUCACAGCCUCACGACGACUACGACCGUACUUCCAAAGUCAUCAGGUGGUUGUCCGUACUAAUCACCCGAUCGCCAAGAUCCUCCGCAAACCCGAUUUAGCAGGAUGGAUGGGUCAACACUUGACAGAUUUCGCUGCCGAGCUCACGCCCGUUCCUGACGAUUCGACACCGAAAUGGCUCCUCAACGUGGACGGAUCUUCAGACAAAAGAGGGGGAGGAGCCGAUACCGUUCUAGAAGGACCAAACGGUCUAAUCGUGGAGCAAGCCAUCACGUUCAUAUUUCCAGCCAGUAACAACCAAGCCGAAUAUGAAGCUCUGAUCGCUGGUCUAACCCUAGCCAAAGAACUCACGGUCGCUCGUCUAGAGUGUCGGAUGGAUUCACAGCUGGUGGUCGGGCAUAUGAAUGGGACGUAUCAGGUUAAAGAUAACCAAUUAAUGCGCUACUUCCAUAAAGCUAGCACUCUACUCCAGGAUUUCGUCGAGGUUAGCAUUAUCCAUGUACCCCGGGAGCAGAACGCGAGAGCAGAUCUUCUUUCGAAAUUAACUCACUCCAAGGAGCGAACACAACUAUCUUCAAUUAUCAAAAUGAUGCUCGAUCACCCAGUUGUGGAAACUUUCGCCACUGAUGUACCGCCACCAAUGACAGAUUGGAGACAGAAUGUUAAGGAUUUGAUGAUGAAGCUGGAGCGAGGGGAAAAAAUUACCGCGAGUGAUUCAAAACGCAUCGCACGUUUCCUGUACAUAGGCGACGACCUAUAUCGACAUGGCCAUAGCACACCUUUGUUGAAGUGCAUAGCGGCGGAUGAGGCUGACUAUGUCCUACGCGAGCUGCACACCGGGAUCUGCGAUUUUCAUUCAGGGAAACGUACCCUCCGAGCGCGCGUCCUUCGAGCAGGAUAUUUCUGGCCGACACUCGACCGAGAUUGUGAGACGUUUGUCAAAAAAUGUCUCUCAUGCCAGGCGCACGGUCAUGCCUUCCACGUCCCUCCCGACGAAUUGCAUAGUCUCAUCUCCCCAUGGCCAUUCGCCAAGUGGGGAAUCGACAUCGUCGGCCCCUUACCACUCGCUAAGAAAAUCAUCACCGACAAUGGCCGCCAGUUCAUUGAAAAGAAAUUAGAAAAUUUUCUGAGAAAUUUGGGGAUCCAGCAUGCGACCAGCUCGGUCGAACACCCACAGACUAAUGGCCAAGCCGAAGCCGCGAACAAGGCUCUGCUCACGAAGUUGAAAAAGCGACUCGGCGAAGCUAAAUGUUUAUGGGUGGAGGAACUACCCGAAGUCCUCUGGGCGUGCAGAUGCACCCCACACGGAUCCACUGGGGACACUCCGUUCAAUUUAACGUACGGCACCGAUGCCAUGCUCCCAGUUGAAGUCGGGGAGCCAUCCCUAAGACGCAACAUCACCGAUAUGACGCUUAACAAUGAACAGUUGCAGAUAAAUCUCGACACCCUACCUGAGCGUCGAGAAGUCGCCACAAUCCGUGCGGAAACGCAGAAAAGACUCUCGUCGUUAUAA